ACUUAUCUCCAAGGCAACGCAAUAAACGACGGUAUUUUAGACGAACAACAUCUUGUCGUCCCUGUGUAUAUGAAAUUGGAGUUUGCUGUGGCAGAAGGGUUUUCCAAUAGUGACGAUAAGCACUGGGAGGACAUGAAACGUGCCUAUGACGCCAUAGUUCUACAGCGAGUUGACUUCGACCAAUCACAGACAGGGAACAAAGAUAUUUCCAUGUAUUUUCCAAGAAACGUUCAACGGCAUCACCACGACUACGCAAAUAUCGAACCAAACAAAACAAUUAGGAUACGUUCCAAGAAAUCUCGCAGCUAUGAAAAUCGACUAGAUAUUGAUUCCGAACCGCGUAUGAACAAUUCGCCUGACCACACCAACGCAAAAACUUCAAUACCCGCACCAGCGCCCCCAGUCGGCAAAAGUCUGGACCCGCCGAUCUUUUCUGAAGACGGGAUCACGCUGGUGAAAAAAGAGGCACGUUCGGAACCGGCUAAAAAUGAUUUCACCAAGAAGAAGAAUAAAAAAGAGAAAAAUACAUCAGGGGUCAAUAAAUCAGGACCAAAUCGAGGUGGGAAGUCUGAUAAACGUUACAAAUCUUUAUCCGAGCUACCGUCGGAUUUAACAAAGCUGACAGUGGGGCAAGUCGGGGAUUUACUCAGGCUACUAGACUUGGAAUUAUGGGUAGCAUUGUUUGACGAGAACGGGGUAGAUGGGGAACUAUUAAGAAAGUUGACCGCUGUCCAACUGACAGAAAACUUUAAGUUACCUCGGGUUGACGCACUGAAGAUAACUACGUAUUAUAUGGAGAACCAUAAGGAAAAGAAGAAGAAGUUUGCGUUAUUUUAAAACAAGGAACAAUUUAUAGUUAUUAUUUUUUAAAAGUAGAAAAGUAUUAUUUUCACAGAAAAAAACAUGAACGUUGGUGGCGUUUUGUCGCGUGGUAAUUUCUUCUGAAAUCAGAAAUAGUAAACAACAGCUGACUUAUUAGUCCUGUCGCCCGUUCAGUUUUCAACUUAGGGUUAUAUUUGUUUAAGUAGCCAUACUCGUUGCGUUGACAACUGCAGAGUAAACCAAACUAAGUAGAGUGAGUUUUGUUUUGCAUUUAUGUUUUAUAAUUGCAACCAACAUAUCAAGUCAUGCAGGGUAAUUCGAAAAUGAGAAUUCUUUUAUCAACCUAAUCAAAAAUCGACAUACCAUUCUGCAGCUGAAUUUACAUUAGCAUUUACCAGCGUGUGAUCAUAGUUAUCUGUAUAGACUUGCAUACAGUCUCCUGUUUGUGAUUUUGGUUGGGUUUUCAAUAAAAUAUUAUGCUAUGGAAGUGUAUAAAUGGCGAAAGCCGAAUUGCCGGAAACAAACACUCAUUAAUAACAAAUAAUAAACAAAAGACUGUAUAUUAAU